AAUUUUAUAUGUGUGUGUGUGUGGCUAAGAGGUUGCAUUUUAUUGCCUCCUUGUUGCAUAUUGAUCUCCCUAUUUUAUUUUGUUCUUAAACUGAGGCGUUUUGCAGGGUAUGGUUUAUUUAUGGUUCUUAUGGUUAGGCUGAGAGGCAGUGACUGGCACAAGGUCUCCCAGUAAGCGUCAUGCCUGAGUGGGAAUUUGAACCCUGGUCUUCUAGGACCUAGUUCUUGACACUCUUAACCAUUACACCACAGGGGUUGUGGAAAGUGUUUCCUGGUUUUUGUUUUUUUGUCCGUUUGGGGGAGUUCGAGACUGCAGGUGGUUUGCCUGUUUGGGGCAGCAAGCUCUGACUAUUACUCAGUUUUCCUUCUGUGAAAUGGGUGCCCACAACAAAUUUUUCCAGCGUACCUUCCAGGUUCCCAAAAGUUGGGGACCACUGGAUUACCCCAGUAUCAAACAACAAUGCUUUGAAAAAGAAUUGUUGUGGAUCAACUUGACUUCCAUUUACUUCUGAGACUUGGUACCCUUAACUCUAUUGGAUCCCUAUCAAUCAAAAUGGAAAGCUACAUGAUAUAAAAAGCUGGGGUUUUCGCCACAGGCACUGAUAGCCACAGGAUGUGAGAAAGCCAGAGCAACCAUUUGCCAAUGAAUCUGGGACAUGGAAUUUCAGAGUCAUACUAUCCUUGGAGAAACUGAGGAAGAAGAUGACGAGAUUCUCCCACGUAAGGACUAUGAGAGUUUGGACUAUGAUCGUAGCAUCAACGAACCCUACUUGGAAGUUCUGGAAAGCCUUGACAGCAAGAAAGGCUGGCGGUAUGAAGCGGUGAAGUGGAUGGUGGUUUUUGCCAUUGGAGUCUGCACUGGGAUGGUUGGUCUCUUUGUGGACUUCUUUGUACGACUCUUCUCCAGACUCAAGUUCCACAUCGUGCAGAAUUCGGUGGAGGAGUGCAGCGAGAAAGGCUGCCUUGCGGUGUCCCUGCUGGAGCUCCUCGGCUUUAACCUGACCUUCAUCUUCCUGGCCAGCCUCCUCGUCUUGAUCCAGCCUGUGGCUGCGGGUUCUGGGAUUCCGGAGAUCAAAUGCUACUUGAACGGAGUGAAGGUCCCUGGGAUUGUUCGCCUCCGGACUCUGGUGUGCAAAGCUCUCGGGGUGCUCUUCAGCGUCGCUGGAGGUCUCUUUGUUGGGAAGGAAGGUCCCAUGAUCCACAGCGGUGCUGUGGUAGGAGCCGGUCUGCCUCAGUUCCAGAGCAUCUCUUUGAGGAAGAUCCAGUUCAACUUUCCCUAUUUCCGCAGCGAUAGGGACAAGAGGGAUUUUGUUUCUGCUGGAGCUGCUGCUGGUGUGGCUGCAGCCUUUGGGGCCCCAAUUGGUGGCACACUCUUCAGCCUCGAAGAGGGCUCGUCCUUCUGGAACCAGGGCCUGACGUGGAAAGUGCUGUUUUGUUCUAUGUCUGCCACCUUCACUCUGAACUUCUUCCGCUCCGGGAUCCAGUUUGGAAGUUGGGGUUCCUUCCAGCUCCCAGGAUUGCUGAAUUUUGGGGAGUUCAAGUGCCCGGAAUCUGACAAAAAAUGCCACCUGUGGACGGCUGUGGACUUGGGCUUCUUCAUCCUGAUGGGGAUCCUGGGCGGCCUCUUGGGGGCUACCUUUAAUUGCAUCAACAAGAGGCUUGCAAAGUACCGCAUGCGGAACGUCCACCCCAAGCCCAAGCUGGUCAGAGUCUUGGAGAGCCUGCUGGUGUGUCUAACGACCACCCUUGUGGUGUUUGUCGCUUCCAUGGUUCUAGGGGAAUGCCGGCCGCUGUCUUCCACCAACCACGGGGGCAACAGCUCUCUUGGCCUGCAGGAUUCUUCAUCUGACGAAGUGAAUUCCAGCAUUAAGACAUUCUUCUGCCCAAACGACACUUACAACGACAUGGCAACCCUUUUCUUUAACCCUCAGGAGUCCGCCAUCUUGCAGCUUUUCCACCAGGAGGGUACCUUCAGCCCAGUCACCCUCUCCCUGUUCUUCCUCCUCUAUUUCCUCCUUUCCUGCUGGACUUACGGGAUUUCUGUGCCCAGCGGCCUCUUUGUCCCAUCGCUGCUUUGCGGGGCUGCCUUCGGACGCCUGGUGGCCAACCUCCUCAAAAGUUACAUCGGCCUGGACCACAUCUACUCGGGGACCUUUGCCCUGAUCGGGGCAGCUGCCUUCCUGGGAGGGGUGGUGCGCAUGACAAUCAGCCUCACCGUCAUCCUGAUCGAGUCCACGAACGAGAUCACUUACGGGCUCCCCAUCAUGAUCACGCUUAUGGUAGCCAAAUGGACUGGAGACCUCUUCAACAAGGGUAUCUAUGACAUCUACGUCAACUUGCGAGGGGUGCCGCUUCUCGAGUGGGAAACCAAGGCAGAAAUGGACAAGCUGAGAGCCAGCGACAUCAUGGAGCCGAACCUGAUGUACGUUUACCCGCACACCCGGAUCCAGUCCCUCGUGAGCAUCUUGCGCACGACGGUUCACCACGCCUUCCCAGUGGUGACCGAAAACCGGGCGUACGAGAGGGAGUUCAUGAAGUGGGACCAGCUGAUCAGCAACAACAUCAAGUUCAAGAAAUCCAGCAUCCUCACCCGGGCCGGCGAGCAGCGUAAACGCAGCCAGUCCAUGAAGUCCUACCCAUCCAGCGAGCUUCGCAACGUCUGUGACGACCACAUCGCGACGGAGGAGCCUCCGGAGACAGAGGACAUGUUGCAGCAGAUGCUGGAGCGGAGGUACACCCCAUAUCCUAACCUUUACCCGGACCAAUCGCCCAGCGAAGAGUGGACCAUGGAGGAGCGAUUCCGGCCCCUGACCUUUCACGGCCUCAUCCUGCGCUCGCAGCUGGUCACCUUGCUGGUGCGAGGAGUCUGUUACGCGGAGAAUCAGUCGAGCACCAGCCAGCCUCGCCUUUCGUACGGCGAGAUGGCGGAAGAUUACCCUCGCUAUCCCGACAUCCACGAUCUGGACCUCACGCUUCUGAACCCCAGGAUGAUUGUGGACAUCACGCCUUACAUGAAUCCCUCCCCAUUCACGGUUUCGCCGAAUACUCACGUCUCGCAAGUCUUCAACCUCUUCCGGACGAUGGGGCUCAGGCAUUUGCCCGUGGUGAAUGCCGUUGGGGAGAUCGUCGGCAUCAUCACGCGCCACAACCUGACCCACGAAUUCCUGCAGGCCAGGCUACGACAGCACUACCGGACCAUCUGACCCCUCCGCUCCCGCCUCCCAAGCCGCCGCUUUGGAUCCCGCGUGGCCCCCGGGUCACCUUCGUGCACUUUAAAGGCAACAAAAGCGGACCGGCUUCUUUCUCACUGGGGGGAGGCCCCCCAGUGACCUCUUGGGGGGCCGGAAGACUCUGGGAGUUGUGGUCUGAACGCUCGCCGGCUAAUCUUAGGGGCUCGCUCACCUGCUGCCCCGAUUGGCUUCCGAUCGGCAUCGUCCCGACAUUUCACCGCCCCGCCGGCACGAUUCAUAUCUAUGCCAUAUUCCAGAUGGAAGGAACACCUGUCCUUUUCUCCUCUCCUUGCCUUAUCCUAAAACCAGGUGUUCACCAUCUCGAAAGACUCAGAAGACCAACGCAGCACUUAGCCGCUAUAUUUCAAGCUUGGGCCAGCAAUUUCCUCCUAUUUCGCAUUCGUAGUUUCAGUAAGGCUAAGAAGAAGAGACACUUUUUCUCUCUUUUUUUUUACCGGAGACUCUGGAAUUUCCUGCGUAGAAUUUUCAUUUUCAUUCCGCUUAACUGCACUUUUGAGUUGUUGUUUUCUCGGCUAGAGGCUGGGACCCUUGAUGUUUGGGGGUGGGCGAAAGUCUCCACUUGAGUGAAUCAAACCCUUGAUCCUUAAUUAUCUUUUUUUGGGGGGGGGAGGUUCUAGGUGCAUAUGGAAGGGAAUGAACAAUUGUGCCACUAAAAGUAAGUGCAUGUUGGGGUGUGUUUGUGUGUGUUAGUGAAAGGCAGCGUUUGCCUCUGUGAGGAAAGCCACAUGGGUCAGUUUUGCAAGGGUUUGGCAGCUGGAGUGCUGUGGGUUUGUUUGCACUUACAACCCUCCAGGCAUUGCUGGACCACGACUCCCAUCACCUCUGACCACUUGUAGUCCAGCCCCUGAAGGGAGUCACAGAUUCACCAACCCUGCCUUGAAGACCCAAGAUGGAACAGGUAUGUGCAUACAGAACAGAUUCAGGUCUCCCAGCUCUCCAAAAGCUUAAUUUUUUUAAAGAAUAAGUCAGCACCCUGAAUUGGAAAUUGGGACCUCACAUUAUCUCUUCCCGGGCCAUCUUAGCUUGGCAUUGUAGUAUGGAAGCUUUAGAGCAGAGGGUUGGAACCAGUGGCCUUCCAGAUGUUGGGACUACAACUCCCAUCAUCUCUGGCCCCAGGGCUGAUGGGAGUUGGGAGUCUAGUGGCCUCUGGAGGGCAAAACCCCGCUCGCGAGGGAGAGAGACAUUGGGAGUAGAGCUGAACCAGUUUGUCUGAAGGGUUUCCAGUACACAGUAGGCUUGAUGGCUGGUGGCGGUUCAGCAUCACUGAGAAGAAUCUCGCUUGCCUUGCGGGUGGCUGGCUGGGCAUCCUGCCGCAGAUGGGAAAAUCAAGCUCAUUGGUGAAAGUUUCCCCUAAUCAAACCCACCGGUGAUGGGCGCCUGUAAUUCCUACCUGUCUCAGCCCCUUAAACUGCCACCAUCUGGUUGCUCCAUACCAGGCUGCUGCCACUGUAGAGAAAACCAAACUUAAAUAUAUUUCUGGAGUGUUUAAAGGUUUUCUCCUGCAUGCGCUAGGCAUUUAGCAGCAGUUCCCUAAGCAAACCUGAGAGGGUCAUGUGCAUUGGGACAACAGCUCUGUCUCUACAGAGGCGCCAAUUUGCAGUGUGGCCCUGCCAUGUCCCCUCAAAUCUACCCGUGACACAUCUGGUUGGGUUUUUUGACACCCCCACACCCCACGGCAGAUCUCCAAUCUUUCCCUUCCUCCUGCAAGUGAUUGUAACGACUGCUGGGGAAUUCAGUCCUCCGAACAGUAGAUCUCCAGGGGGUGUCUCUGAGAAUCCAGUUUUCAUAGAAAGACUUCCCUUUAACUAGCAAGUCUUGAAAAGCUGCAAUUGUGACACCCAGUCCAGGACCGAAAUAGGAUUUUUUUUUUUUGCAAAGGGGGGGUGGGGGUGGGGGCUGUCUGCAGCAGUUCCAGGAGCACUUGAGAGAGUUCAUGUAAUUGCAGAGUCACCUCAAGCCAGCCCAGGCCAGUCUGGGGCUUCUCGCAAGCCCCAUCUCGGCUUCCCCCUUUGCAGUUAUUCCAGCGGACUCCUGCCUCCGUAGGUUUCCCCCCCCUGUUCUUGCUUCUGCUAAAUCUCUCCGGUUUGGAAAGGUGACAGCCCUGAUGCUGAUGGUCUUGAUAAAGCACAGUUGUGGAGUGUGGAUUUUGCAGGUUUUUUCUUCCCAGGCCGAAGAGCCGGAGAGAAAAUGCAUUCCAAGAAAAGGACCCCUACAGCUCUGCCUGCACACAAAAAUAAAAUAAAAUCCUCCUUCCAUGUCGCCCCACCUGUUAAAACCUGUUCUGUGCCACAAGGCAGGCAGGCAGGGAAGGAAUCGCCUCGAGCGUCUCACCCCAUCACAACCUUGUCGGUGUCUUUAAAACCAAAAUGUGGGCUGUCUCCAAUGUUAGUUUUACUUAAAAUAGUCCUGCUGAAAUUAAUAGGUUUGGGCCUGUGAAUUUCAGUGGGUCUACUCUCAGCUGGAUGCAACCCCUGUGUUUGUGGACCCCUCCCUCUUUUAAACCAUUCUGUGCCGCCAGUGACGCUAAUUCAGGCAUCUCAGUUUCCUGUCUUCCGAAAUUAUAUGUUUGGGCUCCCGGGGUAUAGCUGGGGGGUGGGACACAAAAAUUGCCUGGUUUCGAGUUCUGAUUUCAUCUCCUUGAACCAGGAAUUAAGGGUGUGUGUGUGUGUGUGUGUGUGUGUGUGUGUAUGUAAAUGUGCAAUGUGUGUUUACAAUGUGUAAAGUCUGUCUCUUCAUAGCUCUUUGUGAUUGUGUGGGUGGUGCGUGUUGUUGUUUUUUUGUUUUUUUAAGGGGCAGAAGAAUCAGAACCAGGUCCUCCUCUCUGUCCCUCUAAAUCCAUUGAAAGACUUCAGCUGUUUUCUGCUUCUCAGACCCACUGCUUUAUUCUUUUGACCCCUUGAGGAAGAAGGAAGGAGGGCAGUCCACAUCUUUAAACUUUAAUUUGGCCCUGGCAUUUUCUGGUUGCAGCAGGUAUCAGCUCAGCUCUGCAAACCACUUUUUAAAAUUAUUAUCUCUCUCUCUCUCUUAGCUGGGGCAUAAUCAACUUUCUUCCUAAGCCUUUGUCCUUGACGGCAACUACUACUCUUAAAUUGCUAAGCUCUUACAAAAAAAAAAAAA